AUGCACUCGGCUAAGCCAAAGGAGUUCAUACAUACCCAUAGCUUGUGCGCCGCCCACAUCGCUGAAGAUUCUCAACAAGUUUCUUCAUUAACAGUUUCCAAAAACCGUCUUGCGAGCACUCCUAUUCCAUCUCCACAGCAUUCAACGAGCAGAUCAGUCCCUUUGCUGCUUUUAAACGACACUAAUUCGACAGAUCAGAUUUCAUCGUCUAAACUGCCUUGCAACGACGCCCCGUCACCGUCUAAUUUGGCACGCCUAGACUUUCUGAUGGGCAUGACGGCACCAUUGGACCCAAAAAAGGGCCCGCCUGAGCUGUUGGCGACGUAUCCAGGCGGUAUUCAUGACACCGUCUCGAUAUCUUUAAGCUCGAGACUGCACAAUAGGGGGAUCACGUCAACCUCUUCGACUCAAGGAACGUUAAAUAUUGAUUUGCUAGAUCGCGACAUUCCAACUCUGAGUAUAGAAUCUUGCGAUGCAGAUCAUCCAUCCACUGAAGAGCCACCAACUGCUGGGUAUGGGUUUGAUUGGAUGACGUGGGAGGAGUUCACGAGUUGUAAUUUUAAUACACUAGAGCAGUGA